AUGGAUCCGUUCUCAGCUUUCGCAGGUCUCGGCCUGGCUUGCAACAUCAUACAGCUGGUGGAGGUGGCAAUAAAGCUGGCGAAAGAGUGCAAAGAAAUAUCAGCUACAGGUUCGACGAGGGACAUAUUAACAACGACAGAACUGAGCGAUCUAGUGACUAAAAUCUCGAACGCAAGCAGCACUUUCCUACCCAUUACGUCGCCCGGUAAUGCGAUCGAUACACAGAUCCAGGAGUGCGCCACACGAUCCCUGCAGGCGGCGUCCGACCUAGGAACGCUCGCUCGCGACAUAACACACAGGAAGGACAAGACAGAACGGACACUCAUGGAGAAAGGCUUUCGAAGCCUCCGGAAUCGCUCGAAAAUAGAAGCGCAACGGAGAAAGCUCGUUGAGCUACAGUCGACACUCCAGACCUCACUACUGAACGGCAUACGGGGCGACAUCCGGGACAGUGGAGCGCUCACCGCUGUACAACUCACAGCAGUUAACACCAGUAUUGACGCUGUCAUUGAUGGAAACAAAGCAGCAACUGCGCAGCUUUUGCACGCGAUAGAAGACAUAAGAAAGUUGUAUAGAAUUGAGCUAGCGCAAAUGUCUCAGUCAAUUAACGCGCAGACGAUGUCGACUCAAAAAGCGAUCACAACCCAUCUUGCUUCAGUCGACAACCAUAUCAGUGCGUCCGAAGCCAUUGUCAUCGACCAGCUCAAGGUCCUCAAUCUGGACGACAGGCAACGCCAUGCAUUGGAGCGCCUUUAUAAUAUACUAUACUAUGAUAGCAUGCACGAAAGGGAGAACAGUAUCCGAGCACGCGUAAACGACUACGGUGAGACUGCCAAAUGGCUUUUCGGUGAUUUCGGAAGUGUUGGCGGUCAAGACAGCCAGGGCCAUCCCAUCAUGAAUGACAUGCAGGGACACCGCAGACAUGCUGUGUACAAGAGCUUCGAGACCUGGAUUCGCACUGGCUCAGGGAUCUGGUUCGUGGAAGGAAAACCUGGGUGUGGAAAGUCAAGCCUCAUGAGUUUUAUUCGCCAGAAUCUCGAAGAGGGUGGACGAGCUCGUCGCCUUGUGUCUGAAUGGGCUGAAGGCAAGCCAUGCAGGAUACUGAGCUUCUUCUUCUUUCGUCCAGCUACGUCGAGGCUCGACAGGUCCUUCGAAGGUGUUUGGAGGUCACUGUGUGCCCAACUUUUAUCCAUGGACGAAUCUCUGGUUCAACAUGUGCUAGACGAUUCCAGAACACCCCAAGGUAUCAGAGCUGCCACGUCAAAGGAUCGCAUUGCCAAGCCCAUAUGGCGAAGCGAUGACUUCAGGAGCUGGUUCAACUACAUGCUUUCGCAAACGAGUGGAUGCGUGAUUAUACUACUGGACGGGCUGGAUGAAUUCCAAGAGUUCGAAGGUGGUGAUGAAGGCCACGGCGCGCUCCUUGCUACUAUUCAAACGCUAAGCACAGACCAUUCACAUGUGAAGCUUAUAUGCUCUUCGCGACCAGUCGAACCGUUCAAAAGCGCAUUCCGCACGAAUUCGUCUUUCAGACUUCAAGAUGUCAAUGAUACAGAUAUAUCCAAAUUUACCUUCUCGACACUACAUGGCACACAGGCGUUCGAAUUUGCUCGUGACGUCGCCAACCGUGCCAAUGGUAUCUUCCUGUGGGCUCAUAUCGUUGCCCACGAUCUUGCGAAGGCUGCGCGCCGUGGUGCUGGUCGUAUCGAGCUGACAGAGCGUUUGGACCAUUGCCCUGUCGAAAUGCGCGAUCUCUUCAGACAUAUGGUCGCCCGUCAAGAUCAUUUCUACAGGUCGAAACCUCUGCCUAUUUUGUAUCUGAUCGACAUAUGUACGCAGCUUCCACGGGGUGCCCAGAGGGGCAUCACCUUAUUUGAGUUGCUGUUGCUGACAUGUGGGGACUACUCGGUCGACAAACUGCUCAAACCAAUGCGAAACGCCUUUUCGGAAGAUUUUGUUGGUGCUAUAACGACUCGCGCUGCUGGUUUCGCCGACGAAGUAGUCGAUCGAUGCGGUGGUCUGGUCAUCGUUCGCCCCUGUACGUUCAAUCCAACAACAACCCUCUCCUAUGCAUUCAAUCACUUCGUGCGUCGGAGUAAGAGCGAUCAUCAGUCUCUAUGGACUCUUCUAGACCAGGAGGUGACUUUCGUGCAUCGAACGGCCCACGACUUCCUGCUCGAAGAAGGGGCUUCUUUUCUCAGUCUUAGCGCAGCCUCCAUGAAGCGAUCCUACGGUCUAGCUCUCCUAGCUCUUGCUAGUAUCGGGUUUAUGAGCCUGGACGAUACCUGUUUUGCCGACACCGAAAAUGUCAACGUUAGUGACAUGCUGUCUGACUUCAUUAGUGGCCUGAAUUAUGCUCUACAAGACCCAGACCGUACAGACGAGUGUUGUGCAAUCGCGGACUUAUGUGUUCAGCGCCUCGCGACCCGUUUGCCAUUGAAGGACUUUGGUCGGCAGAAGCUAAGAUGGUGGCCACGAGACAUUCACAUCGAGCCACCAACUUGUUCUGCAUUGCCGCUCGAUGUUCAGAUCGCAGUGAAAAUAUGCUGGCCAGACGUCAGAAUAGUCCGCCACUGGUUACUUCCACGAAUCCAACGUGUGGAAGGCACCUUGAAGCCGGUCGCUGCUGCGUACGCCUUCGUAUGCAUCUCCGAGCAGCAGGCCCUUGAGAGUCUGUUUGACUUGCUGGCAUUGACAAAUCCUUGUACGAUUCUUUCAUUGACGGAUGUAGAAAAUGAAGAUGCCUCUCGGCAGACCCAGGACCAUCCUUUCUGGGAACACUUCUUCGCUUAUGGCAUCUUCUCGCUACUUGCCGAAGACAGCUUGCGCGCACGGGCCCUUGAGACAGCGCGAAGUUACUUCAAUCAGGGUGUGGGAGAGCAUGAGACUUGCACUCGUCGAAUAAUGAUGAGACGCGAGGGCAAUUAUCGAUCUCUGCGGAUCGGGCCAACACCCUCUUCCACCAAGAUAAGUGGCUAA